AUGUUCAAAUCACAGAUUCUUCGCCAAUUCGCACGCUCUGCCCUUGUGCAAGCUCCGCGAGCAGCAACUCGAGCUCCGCACAAUGCUGUAGGCUCGGCCAGACCGUUUUCAUCCGCACCAAUCCGCCUCGACAAGGACUCGAGACCGGAAGACGACAUUGAAAAUGCGACAACAUCCAGUGAACCUGGUGCGAGUGGUGAUCAUGAGGGGACGUAUGCGCGUACACAAGAUGAUAUUCGUGUCGAGUACCCCGAAGAGAAAGACCUACCUCGUUCUCUGCCAGUACAAGGCCGCGGAGGAUACCACUUCAAGCGGACGCUGGCUUCCUUCUCUUUGGAUGGACGUGUGGGCGUUGUGACCGGUGGUGCCAGAGGUUUGGGGUUGGUGAUGGCCCAGGCCCUGGUCGCUAGCGGAGCCGAUGUCGCUCUUGUGGACAUGAACAGGGACGAAGCUCAGAAGUCUGCUCAGCAACUUGUUGACACAUUCAAGGAAGAGAACCCAGGAGCUGAUAAAUUGCCUAAGGUCACGGCACAUUUCUGCGAUGUCUCGAGCCCAACGUCCGUGAAUCAAUCCCUGGCAGACAUCUUGAAGGCGCACGGCAAGGUAGAUAACCUCGUCACCUCUGCCGGCUUCACGGAAAACUACAAUGCCAUUGACUACCCCCACGACCGGAUGCAGAAGCUCUGGGGAGUCAACGUUGACGGCACCUACUUAUACGCUGUAGCGGUCGCGAAACACUUGAUGGAGAGGCAGGCACAGGGAAGCAUCGUCAUGAUUGGUAGCAUGUCUGGUUCUAUCGUCAAUGUUCCCCAGCCGCAAGCGCCAUACAACGCUGCGAAGGCCGCUGUACGACAUCUGGCAUCGAGCUUGGCUGUUGAGUGGGCGCAUGCGGGCAUCCGUGUGAACUGCAUCUCUCCUGGAUACAUGCUCACAGCUCUGACCAAGAAGAUCCUCGAUGACAACCCGGAGCUUCAGAAGAAGUGGACGUCUUUGAUCCCAGUAGGCAAGAUGGGCCGACCGGAAGAUCUCAUGGGCGCUGUUACAUUCCUUUCUAGCGACGCAAGUCUCUACGUUACUGGCGCUGAUCUGAGGGUGGAUGGAGCUUACACUUGCACGUAA